AUGUUUGAUCGGCAUCGUUCACCACCGCUGUCAGCCCAACGAUGUUCCCCGUCAGAGAGGAAAGAGAGAUCACCUAGUUAUGUACCGCCUUAUGAGCAGGCUAGAGACCAAUCCCGCACCAGCACCAACACCAACACCAACGCCAAGACAGCUAACAGAGGUAAGAAUGGCUUUACGAGGAAUUUCAGUUCGUAUACAGGCUCAUUCAGGGAGAGAUCAAUCUCACCAACAAGAAGGAACUCGUCGUCUUAUCAUACAGAAAGGGGGAGAUCACCUUUUUGGUACAAGGAUAGAUCAAGUUCAUACAGGGUCACAUCCUCAUAUACCAGUGAGAGAAGAGGGCUGUUUGAUAGAGGAAGACUCGAUAAUAGAGAUAAUCAAGCUUGGGAAGAAUACUAUAAAUACACGCGCAGAGAAAGAGAAGUGGGAUUCGGGAAAAAGGAAAAGAAAACAUCAUGUUAUCAUCAAGAAAAAGGCAAGAACAGAAGUAUCGAAGGGUGGUAUGUACCAGGUCCAAAAACCAACCUAUUCAAAGGAUUCACUUUUUAUGUUCAUUCUGAAUCUGAUCCAAGUAAGAAGAAGGAUGAACAGAUGCGAAGUAAUGGUGAAUUUGUCAGUUUCAUAGCUUUGAUAAGGCAUCAUGGUGGUACGCUAUGUCGCUCACCUUGUCCAUCAUACGUAACCCACAUAAUCCUACCCUCUGAAUCAACGGAUAAUAGAGAAAUCACCAUCCAAAUCGACAAACCCGGACCAGACUUCUCGUCCUCGUCUUUGGAGCAAAAAGGAAUUUGGAAUCGCAAUGAUAUCAUAAAACGUUUCGCUCAUGUCAACGUAAAAGGAUCAUUACCAACUACCGCAGUCGAUCGAGAACAACGUGGAAGAGUACAUGUUUUAAUAAAUGAAUGGAUAUUUGAAUGUGUCAAAUUAAAUAGGAUUAUCGAAGAUUACGAUGACUGGGAAAUCAAAGGUACAUACGAUCCUAGAUUCGUCGAGGUCGAUAAACACAUACAAAGACCCGAAACACCACCUUGGCCACAGAAUCAAGUACUGAAUCCUCCUCAACAACAAACAAUGUACUACUGUGACGUGUCCAGGGAUCCCCGAGUAUCGUCUAUCCGACAACGAUCCAGCUCAAAUGAGGCUGAAGUGAUAACAUCUUUAUCAAGUCAGAUUACAAAUCAAGCUACCUUCGAGGUGCUGGUCAAUGAUACUGCAUUAAAGAUGACAGCGACAGAAGGUGAAGGAGAAUCCGCGAAAGAGAAUGAGAAUGACACAGAGGGAUCUCAACAGGUGAUCGUUGAGGAAGAAAUCAAACCUAAUCUGGAUGAUGACAUGAAAUUAGAUAUAGACAUGGAUGGCGACCAUUGUGGACAUCCUCCUCAAAACGACUAUGGAGAUGACGGACAAGAGGAAGAUAUCAAGCCUGCGAUCGUAGAUUGUAUUUCUGCUGCGGAUGGAGAGCAAUCAGAAUUAGCGAAUGUAAUUUCCGUGUCACUCGCGCAAGAGACUGUCUGUCAUCCUACACCUCAUACAGCUUCCAGUUUAGCCCCUCACCAACAGUCAGAAGUGCUUUCUGCUUCUCUUCCUCGCGGAAACACACCGGAUACUCUCCAAAUAUGUGGAGAAAAUCAACACACCAAAGCGGAAUCUACUACACCCUCAUCGAAACUCAAAGAGGUGUCUGUUUCUGUCAUCCUCGACCGUCAAAAAGGAGUGUUUGCCAAAGGCUUAUUACCGAUUAGUUUCCACGUUUUGGGCUCAGAGAGGGAGCGGAGGUUAAUGGAGGUGGUAAUCACGCGCGCAGGUGGUGGUUUGAUAUCCCCCUCAACGACCGCCACAUUCGUGCUUCUACCUCUAUCGCCAGAAGAAUCUGCCACUGACCCAUCUCAUGUCGCUGUGGUGGAUGGACUUGCCAAGGACAAAUCAAGGGCUGCCAUCUCUGCUGAUUGGGUUCAUGAUUGCAUUGAGUCGGACACCUUGAUACCACUUGAUAAGUAUUUUAUACGAAAAGAGGAAAGGCAGAUGGACAUCCGAGAGUGA